AUGUGGUGGCUCAGGCUGGUGGUCAUCUCGACCACAGCCGUCAGCCAUGGUUGGUGGGCUGGCCCGGAGGGGCCACCGGAGGCGGAGCCCCUGGAGGAGCAGGCUGGUUGGCGGCAGCAUCUUCGGGAGUGGCUCCCGGGUGCGGAGCGAAGGCUCAAUGCCACGGAAGAGUGGCUUGCCGGCCUGGCGAGCUGGGGUCGGGAGUUGGAAGGAGCCUCGACCUGGGGAAGCUGGGACGUGGCGCUGUGGAUGGUCGUGGACACCCUCUUCGGCAUGAUCGGGUGGGCACUCUUCGGCAGCGCUUGGACUAAGGCUCGGACCGGAUGCCGCCGGCUCCUCCAGGUUCUGGUGGUGCUGGGGCUCUGCUUGGUCGCUCACUAUGUGUGGGCUGUGUGCUACCCCAUUGUGUCGCUCCUGAUCGGGGCAUGCAUGGCGAUGGCAUGGCUACUUCGCAAAGUCCUACGAGGAGUAGGGGCCUUUGCAUUCUGGUUCCAAAGAGUUACAGGAGGCUCUCCAGAAGCCUCUGAAGCAGAGUUCUUGGGCCCUGCCACUGGACGGACACCUGAAACCUCCCAGCUUCGAGCAUUCAAGAGGUCCGGUGAGCAGCCCAAGCACAUGGUGGUGAAGAGAGGGGAAGAUGCUGCUGUCUUCGCCAUCGGCAUGGACUCCCAGUCCAUCAAGACCCACGGCCUCUAUGUCCCUGUGGAGUGCAACACGAUCCGUGGAUCUCCGGCUUUGGUGAGGCGGCUGCGGGACGUCGAGAAGGUGCACUUAUGCCGAAAUGAGGCCUGCACCGAAGAGGGUGGGGAGCACUUCGUCAUGUACGGGUUAGUUCGAAAGAAUGACCCGGAAAGAUUCCAGAUGGCCCAAGCUCGUGAGGGUGCGCGCAAGGUGACCCACGACUUCUGGGCCUGGUUGAAAGGGUCCCCAUUGACUGAAGGCACCUCACAGUUGAUGCAUCGCCUUCGGGAGUUGGGUUCCGAGUCGGAGCAAGAGGAGGAGCACCUGAUUUGCUGUGGCAGCCUGGUCACAUGGCGGGGCCCGAUGGAACUAUGCAGUGCCUGGCCAAUCGGCCGUGCAGUGUGCGUGCUCAACAUUUUGGGCAACUCCUCCAGGAUGAUGUCACGUACACGAGCGGUGGAGGACAUCGACGAGGGGGAGAACGAUGAUGAGGAGAACGGGGUCGACACCGAGGAGGCGCACGGUGACGAGGAUAGGCAUGGUCGUGCGAGAAAGCUGUUGGGAAGGGCUCGUGAAUGUGAGGAGCCCGAGAUCAAAGAGAGAACGCCACGUUCAGAAGGCGCCGGCAGCUUGCUGGAAGAGUUCUUUGAGAUCUUUGCGGCCGGAAAGGCGGAUGGACUCCGUGAAGACCAAGCACGCAAAAAGCUGGGAGCUGACCGCCUGCUACUACCCGGUGAUCUUCUUCGACAACUGGUUGGGGAGGCGGAGAAUGAGCAGGCGCAAGGGCAGAGAGGGCUGUCACGUUUCUUGACCACGUGGCGGAAGGAGCUGGCUAAGUUGGGAAGGCCUCAUGGAGAAGGGGAGGGAUGUAGCGACUGGAGUAUGGUGGAAGGUGGCAGUCAAGCCGACCUCGGCAUCCAGGACGAGACCUACGUCUGA